AUGGAAGAGGCUACAAAGAAGCCUCGAGGGAAUGGGGACCAUUUUGUUCCAUUUUGUUCAUAUACCAGUAUGAGAUGUGGAAUGUUUGUUGGAUAUAUAUGCAAGGUGCAAGUGCAAAACAUGUUAUAUUUCCGAUGUAUUUUAGAUUUUUCCAUUACUUAUGAACACCAGGUUCUCAAGUAUAAUGAAACUAAAACAUACCAUUUAUUUGAAAGGGAAACCAUUGUUUCAGAUGUAAGAGAAACCUCUGGUCAUGCUGUGAGAGGUUCAGUUAACACAUGUCUUGUUAAUUUCACAAGAAAUAAAGUUAAAUGUAUAGAACCUGAUAGCUUGCAGCUCAAACGACACUAA